UAAUGCAAAACAACCCUGUGUUACUAAUUUAUUUCGACGCGACGCGAGUGGAGAAAAACACUCAAAUUAAAUUCUCUAAUACGUGAUAAAUUGUGGCGCUUCACCAGCUAAUCGCUUCGAACGGACCGCAGGCGAUACGGGUGCCACCCGAUGAGCAGCUCAUGAACAAUGGCGCUGAACAAAAGGAAGAGCCCGUACUCGGACCCAAUUUCGGGCGCCGAAGUGGACUACAAGUUGUCUUGUCGCUGCUGCUUGAAGACGAACGUGGAGUACGUCAAACUGGACUCGGUAUCGGUGGCGCGUAGUCUGGACCCUGCGGACGCCACUGAGAAGAUACCGCUCCUUCGCUGCCUGCUCUUCUGCGUGAGCGCCGAUAAUGCGCCGGAGCUGCCGCAGCACAUCUGUAUCGAGUGCAGCAAGAGCCUGCAGAUAGCUUACUACUUCCUUCAGAAUGCGCUGCGUGCCCACGAGAUCCUGUGCCGGAAACUGUGUCCCAAGGUCACAAGGAGACUGAAUGGCACUUUCGCUCACGAACUGGAAAAGCCAGCGUCUGCAGAGCCGGCACAGCCCCUAAAGACCAUGCGGCACGAGUGUCAGGUCUGCGGAGUAGUGGUUUACAAUCGCCUGGAGCUCAAGCAGCACAUACGCCAGCAUGCAGAGGGUCUUUCGUACAACUGCAAGUUGUGCAGCUUCACGUCGUUGAAACAACGCGUUUUGUUUGAGCACUAUGUGACCAGGCACAACAUGCCCCUCAGUCAGGCAGAGGAGCACGUAAAAUCGAAGCAUUUUCCAGCGCCAAAAGAAGAAGAGGUCAAGGCAGUGUGCACGCUUGAGGAUAUGGAGUUGCUGAUACCCACCGUACUUAGGCCGGAAGAUUACGUACAGCCGCAUCCGAAUAUUGAUAACGACCAACUGCGAGACAUUGAUCACCAGCUGGCCGUCAGCAUGGGUGAACCCGUACCAGCAGUGGACAGCCUCACUUCCACCCUGCCGCCGAUGGAUACGCCCAAUGUUAGCAUCGGCACCGAGUACCUUGUCCUUCCCGAUGGUUCGCUGCAGCAGGUUAACGGAAGCGGCGUGGUCAUCGAGUAUAUUGACGAUAGCAAGCCGAAUAGUUCCGGCAACGUCAAUAUAAGUCUACAAAAUCUCCUGUCCAGCCAUAAUGAUCCGAUGGAAAUCGAUGUCAACGAAUUGAUCGUGGAGGAAACGAUGCCACAGAUAAGAAUCAAGCCAAAACCAGCCGUUAUCGGAACAUCCAUUCACAAGCACAAGUGCAAAUUGUGUCCGAAAACAUUUUCCACUGUAGCGCGUCUAAAAUCUCAUCAGUUGACUCACAACACUCUUCCCAAAUUCUUCUGCGACCAAUGCGACUUUUACUCGUUGCGCAGCGCCGAUCUAAUACAGCAUUACAAGAUGGUCCACCAUCGGUUUAAUGAAAAUGGCAAGGCCGGCAAGGAACAGGCGCAAGUUGCAGAGUCUCGUGUCUACUCGUGCGACAUGUGCCUGUUCGAGACGUCCACCGUUAGCCAGUUGCGAAUCCACUACAAGGAGCGGCACACGGUCCAGCCCACGGAGGUGCAACUGCGUCCCAGUUGGACGGGCGAGUCAACGACAACGAGAGGCGUUCCCGCCAAGCAGCAGACUCCGGCCAAGAUAUCAAAUCACACCGACAUCCCAUUGGGCAUUAAAUAUCCGCCUGGUGUUUUGGAAACGCAAGCGGCAGUGCAGCAACCGGUGGUACAUCAACAAAUGCAUGACCCAGUGCAACAAACGGAGCCGAUGGCCACCACAUCGACGACCAUCACCGAAUCGGGCGACAUCAACGUAGUGGUGGAUGCGACGCCGCUCUUCUAUGCGGCAACCUCCAACUCUCUGUUAGCGACAAACCCGACGCCAGUGACAACGGUGGAGGAAACCACCGGUGCGGCCAGCAAUCAUGCAUUUGGAAUCUUUCCCGAAAUCUCAGAGAGCAAUCUGCCCGUGAACGAAGCCGUACCUCAGGCACCAGCCAAUACAUCUAACAUUUCGAUGUUUGGCGACAUGCAGGACUUCAUUGACAACACCGAUGUGGCUGCCAUAUGCACAAUUCCCGCGGAUGAUAUGCCCGUUGUGGAUGGUGACGACAUUGUGAUUGAUAAUAACAAUAUCAGUCUGGACUUUGAUGCCGAGAAUUUGUUCGAAGACUUCGAGGAGGAGGAGGAUACUGUGGCCGACGAAGAAGACGAGGCCGACAAUGAAGACGAGAAUGACAACAAUGAUGCUGCCACGGAUCAGAAUCUGCUGCUGACCAGCGACGAUGAUGAUGUGGAUGACUUUGAUGACGAGCAAUCGAAGCAUCUGCAGAAGCCCUACUGCAUUUACUGCAAUAAGAAGUUUACCAGUCAGUAUAAAUUCGAGAACCACAUGUUCGUUCAUCGGGGUCUGGCUCCCUAUCGCUGCGAGCUCUGCACCAACCUCUACAACAUGAAGCGAUUGCUGAUCAGGCACUAUAAAACUGUGCACAAGCGAAUGCCCACGAGGGACAUGGUCCAGGCGAAGGGCGAUAAGGUUUCCGUAGCCCGCACCAAUAUCGAAAAACUGUAUCCUGGCAGGAUAAAGAAUCCAAUGCUUAUGUGCGCAAAGUGUCCGUUUGAAUGCGAAUCGGAUUCGGAGAUGCGCAAGCAUCUGAAUGCCCACCAUGGAAUCAAUGACGGAGUGUCCGAGCAUGCAAACGAAGUGUUUAUUAUACGCAAAUUACCAUUUGAAUGCCCGCGCUGCAUUCGAUCGUUUGCGGCCAAGACCACCCUUAGCCGCCACCUGCAGCGCAGUCAUUUGGUAGACACAAUUAUAGAAAUGCAAACGUCGCAUUGCGGGGAAGCCAACACGACCACGAUGGCCACAUCCUCAUCAACGAUCCCUGGGCCCGUAAACUCGGUCACAGUGGAUGGCCAACAUAAUGAGAUGAUGCAGACGGAUGUUGGGGCGGAAAAGAUGACGGAAGCUUUAGGCAAUGGCGAUGGCAAUGAAGAAGCCGGCACAGAUGAAGGAUCAGGAGAAAACGCAGAACCGGCGGUGCCAGAGGAAGAACUAGAUCCCGUAACAUUGGACGCAGCCACAGCGGUGACUACAACAGCAAUAGCAGCAGCAAUAUCAGCGGCAGCAGCAGCGGCAGCUACUUCAUUAGAAUCACCCGUAGCAACUACAGCUUCAUCGUCCACCACUCUUUUUCCCACACCCACACCCUUUGAUUUUGAAUAUGACAUAAUGAGGGACGAAGCCCAGCAAUCGUCGCCCAAUAUCCAUGACGUAUCCAAAGCCCUCAGCGACAAUGCCUCAUCCAGCAGUCCAAUUAAUGAAAGCGAUAAGCUGCUGUCCACCACUGCCUUGGAAACAUCGCCAGCGAAGGGUUUACGCUCCAACAGCCGUCUGCAUCGUUCUUCCCUUCACAUGUGCAAGCUUUGUAACCAGACAUUUGACGAGCUGGGCAAGUUGGUCAAGCAUGAAAUGGAGCUGCAUUCCAAUACGGAACGUUCGCGAUGGGGCUAUCAGCACAAGUGUGCCAUCUGCAAUACAACCUACCGCACGCUCACGUUGCUCAAGUUCCACAUGAAGCGACACAGUAAUAGAAAAACACAGUGCAAGCUGUGCCCCAAGACCUGUGUAACCAUUGCAGAGCUCGAGCGGCACACGAAGGCCAAGCACAGCAAGGAUAAGACGCUUCGGUGCUCUAUGGAUGGCUGCCGAAAGACUUUCGCCUUCAAACACCAUUUGAUACGCCAUCAGAAGGCCUCUCAUCUGAGCACGCGGUAUAUAUGUCCCGUUUGCAAUAAGGAGGAAAAGUCCAAUGUGCAUCUGAAAAAUCACAUGAGCGUGCACAAAGGUGAGAUAACCUACAAGUGUCCCAAGUGCGAUCGCUCCUAUUUGCGGCGUGGCAGACUCGUAACCCAUGUACUCCUAAUCCAUAACUUGCAACUUACCACCGAAGAGUUGGAAAACGUCUCAUCCCUGGCUAAGAACCAAGCCAAACCUAACGAUCUUAAAGACGCUACGCCCGUGGAGCUCCUGGAUGGCCGUAAGGAUGCGAGCGGUGCAAGCGAAGAAAAUGGGCAGUCCUGAGGAGCUGACGAUAAUUCCAAGUAGUUGAGAACUUCUGCUUUUACCAAUCAAGCAAAGUAAUCGCACAAUGUACAAAGUUUGAUAUAGUCUAAGUACUGUUCCUCUCCAUCGUUUUAGCACAUCAAAUGUCUUGAAGUUUUCCUGUUAAGUUCUAGACUAAGACAUUAAACACAAUCUCUUAUAUAAAAUUAGUUGAAAUACAGACGAGCGAUCACUUAUUGACAAAUAGA